UAAGAUAUUUCAUAAUAUUUUAAUAUAAAAGAUACUACGUAUUUCCCUUAAGGUGUAUAGUGCGUUUGUAUAAUGAAUGGAAUUAAUUUACAGUGUUAAAAAUACGAAAAUCUAAUUUUUUUAGAAAAAAACGACAAGUGGUUUUGGUGUCUACUUUAGUCAAAUUAUAAUUUUGAUUUUUUUACUUUUUUGUGCAUGUACAUUCAUUAGUCAUCGCAUUAGAACGUAUAUGUUUAAGUUUGAAUUUGAAAAUUUACUCCUUCACUAAGUAUUGUACAUUAUGUGAUUUUUUCAAAAAACGGCAUUUCGUGAGCUUUCACAUCAAAUUUUGAGAUAGGUAUUCCAUAUUAUUAAUAAUCUAAAAUGUAUAUACCUAAGCCUUAUAGCGUAUAGCUUUACCGGUGUACGUACUUUAAUCGUGCGAUAAUAUGUAUUAUAUUAUUAUGCGUACAUAUACAGUAUUUCUAUAGCCACGCUUUUCCUAUAUAUUAGAAAAAUUAUUGACUACCUAUGCGUCGCGCUUUAUCAAUUAUUUUAUUAUCGAUAUAAUAUAUGUUUGAUUAUAUACUUCCGGGUGGACAAUCGACACUUUCGAGCACGACCAUAUAUAAGAAAUAAGAAUUUUUUUUUAUUUUCACGUGCGCAAUAACGCAUAAUAUGUUUUUGGAUUUCGCUUAUAAUCACGAACAUUCUUUGUUUAUCUACACACGAUUGUUCUUGUCACGAUAUUUUUCGCUUUCGAGUUUCGAGUUACGGUCUUCGGCCCGCAGUACACAUAUUACGACCCUCUCAACCUGCAACCGUACACGAGUGGGGACUUGUACAACAAUAUAAUGUCAACGAGGACGCUCGUCGUCCGUCGUUUUUAGUUUUGACGCGAACGUCUCGGACCGCCGCGAGAGGACGACGAUGGCGACUGCUGCCGAGACCGGACGGUACGCCGUGCCCAGCCUGUUCAAGUCGGCGUACCGAGCGUGCAACGAGGCGCAGCGGCACGCGUACCGGACGGAUUGCCCUACGCUUCCGGCCGUCGACUUGCGGCCGUGUUGCUCGACGCUGUUCGAAAUCUUGAAGGCGAACGCCGAAGGAGGCGGUUUCGACCCGCACGGCGACAGGCGGCACAUGUACCGGAAGGCGGUGAGGCGCGGUCGCGUGUUUGCCGCCGCGGCCACCGUGUGCGCGACGGCCGCCGGCCACGGGCACGUCGACUGUCUGAGGUUGGCCCACGAGAUCGGCUGCCCCUGGGACGCGUCCACGCCCUCGGUGGCGGCCCUGGGCGGACACCUGGACUGCUUGAUGUACAUGCACGAAAACGCGUGCCCGUGGGACGAACGGACGUGCACCAAGGCGGCCGGCGCCGGUCACUUGCACUGUCUCAGGUACGCGCGAGAGAACGGAUGUCCGUGGCACGAGCUGACGUGCGCCGACGCCGCGGCGGGCGGACACCUCGACUGUCUGAAGUAUGCCCACGAAUACGGAUGUCCGUGGGACGAACACACGUGUUUUCUGGCGGCCAUGCUGGACCAACUGGCGUGUCUCGUGUACGCCCACCAAAACGGAUGUCCCUGGGACAGAGACUACACCGACCGCCUGUUCAUCAGUCGGCGAUGUCUCGAAUACGCGUUCAACGUCGGAUGUCCGAACUUUUGGUGGACGACCGACGCCGAUUAUUACUUGUUUAAUUAGAUGCGCGGUACAGAAUGAUAUUAUUUUCGUAUUUGCAGUGUCUAAUGCGUUUAAAUCGAUCGUUAAUUAUUAUAUAUACUUAUAUUAUUGUAUUCUUACAGGCAUAUUUUACAAUAUUGCAAUUGUAUAACUAUAAUUAUUUCGACUUUUUGUGUAAAACAAUACGCGAGUUCUUAUGGAAUUUGCUUGUGCUUUCAAUGUAUACAUGCCAAUUCCAUUUCUUACUUUCAGAAUAAUUUGUCACAGUUAUUUUGGCUUUAUGAUAAUUAUUAUAUUGCAUUUCUUGUUUUAGUGUAACAUUAAUUUAGUAUGUCAGUAUUCUGUAUAGGUUAAAAUGAUUAAAAAUAAUGUAAGCUAGUACUCAUAAUACUGCGGGUCAUUAAAAUUCAUGAAGAUGACAACAUCAUUAAAAUUUUAAUGUGUUAUGUGAAUAUGUGAUCAUUGAAUUUAUUUUCGUAAUUAUAUCUAUUAUUAUGAUUAUCAAUUAUGAUCAAACAAUUUUUACCACGAGUGCGCUUAAAAUGUUAUUUUCAAUGUCAGUUGAAAUGUUGGAAAAAUAUAUAAAUAAGCCGUUUAUCAUUUAUAAACAUAAAACUUGGGUUUUAAUCAGCAAAAAUAAAAAAAAACUAAAAUAAUAAUGUAAUAAACAACUCGUCCCAUAAAUUGAGUAAUAGCUAUAUAACUACCCGCUUUUACCACACAAUAUACUAUUGAAUAAAAGCAUCAGACUGUAAAUUUAAAUAUAUUUAUCUGAAUUUAAUUUUCUGCUAGUUUUAUGUAUAUAUUAUAAAUAAUGUUAUUACUCGUCUGUAGUCUUUUCAGUGCAGUUCUGGACGGUUUGUUGUCUAAUAGGUACUGAUCCGAAAAAGAAUAUUGGUAAAAAUAAUCUCCGUUAACAAUUUAUAACAAAGCUUCUAGCAAAUGUUACAACAUUUUAUAUAUAUAUUUAAAAAGACGAUACAAAGUACAAAAAUGCAUCGGAAUCAAACUUUAAGUUGGUAUUUUAAAGAGGUUAAAGCAGAAAAUACCCAAUAUUUUUCAAAAUUAUGUAGAAAAAGUAAAAAAUUUAGGUGAGUAGUUAGGUAUUGUUUUUCUGUGUAUAGGUCAUACUGUGAUGAAUGUUUUAAACUUGUAAUAAAUAAUAACAUAAUAUGUACAUGAAACAUAAUUCCGAGCGAUGAUAAUUUAUCACGCUCUAUCAUUAUUCAUUAAGUACAUUUUCUAAUAUAUUUUUAGAUAUUGAUAGUGAUUUAUUUUAUUAUCAAUAUUUUUGUAAGAAUUUUUUUUUAAAUUAUAAGAAAAUAAUAACCAUCGUUGUUUAUCGUUUAAUUUAGUCUAAAACUUCAUUAUCAAAUGUCU